UCCUCAUCGUCGACCACUGCAUCCAAGUCUUUCAACCUCUACAAACCCAACAAUCCCACACCCUCCUCCUCCGCCUCCUCCCCCCCUACAGCUUAAUAACGUCGCUCGUCGCCUUCAGCUCACUCUCCUUACACCGCCCCACCGCCAUCGGCCCAACCCACGGUUUCAACUCGCACUCUCAUCGUCCACAGUCUCAACCUUGGGCGUCAGCCUCCGACUAAUCCCACACUGCAACCUCUCUCAACAUGUCGUUGAACGCUGCUCCUUUCAAGUUUGGGUCGUUUGACUGGGUCUGCGAGCGUGCUUCGCUCGUCGUCUGCCCAAUGCUGGGCAGCUCGACUGGCAUCGAGCCCACGUGCUAUGCCCGCAACGUCCAGCUAGGAAGUCAGAUCAUCUUCCAACCCGCAACAUGCUUUGUUCACAUUGCGGCUCUUGCCAUGACCAUCAUCAUGCUGUUUCACGUCCGAUCAAAGUACACGGCCAUCGGUCGCAAGGAGAUCGUCCUCUUCUUCUACAUCUACAUGUUCGUCGAACUGCUCGCCAUCUUCCUCGACUCUUCGGUGAUCCCCACCUCGCACGCCGUCUACCCCUGGUUUGCAGCUGUAUACGCAGGUGCUAUUGGUGCCUUGUACUGGUGUAUCCUGGUCAAUGGGUUUGUUGGAUUCCAGCUUUACGAGGAUGGCACGCCCAUGAGCCUCUGGUCUCUUCGCUUGUCGUCAUUGGUUAUCUGGGCCAUCUGCUUCAUCGUUGCCAUUGGCACGUUCAAGAGCACGGGUGGGCUGAGCAACAAGAACGCCAUCGGCCUGUUCAUCACCUACCUCGUCUUCCCUCUCAUUGUCGCCGUCAUAUACAUCGUCUCCCAGCUUAUCCUCGUGAUUCGCACGCUGGACGACCGUUGGGUCAUUGGAGACAUCCUUUUCGGUGUUGGCUUCUACGCCGUCGGCUGCAUCCUUCUCUUCGCCUUCAGCAUCAAGAUCUGUGACGCUGUCUCGCACUACAUCGAUGGCGUCUUCUUCUUCACGCUGUGCAUGCUCUUCACAGUCAUGAUGGUCUACAAGUACUGGGACUCUAUCACCAAGGAGGACCUUGAGUUCUCCGUCGGUUCCAAGAACGCUGUUUGGGAGGUCAAGGACCCUCUUCUUGCUCCUAACCCCGAGUACAUGGAGGACGACACCCAGUCGGCCUUCCGUGGUGCUGGUGGUUCUCUCGUUGGUGGCUACGGUGGCAAUGCCAUGUACGGCAACUACCAGGGCUACUCGAAGUCAUCGUCGUAUGACCACGGACCAGAGUACAACUCUCACUACUAGGUCAUUCCUCUGUAACGACACCCCGCUAUACCCCCACGACAAGGCCACCUACGUGCCGCUAGACGGCCUUACUCACCCAUGUAUCUUAGAAAGAGUGAUGGACAAUGCACGCGAUGACAC